AUGGCACUAUGCUCAAUUUUACAGGUCCUGCUGGACGCAAGAGGUUAUAUCUGUGAUGGUGAGUACAGUGAGUACUUUCAAGAUCUCGUAAAACGUCUCCACAACAAAUUUCGCGAAACAAGACAGCUGCCACCGUUGAGCUACAGCUGCGAGCUGGAAAAACUGGCCAUUGCAGCGGUUGUGGGAUGCCAAUCGAUGCCUCCAGAGAGAUCCGAGGCGGUGAGGUUUGUUGAAAGAAACUUCGAGGGAAGGGAAACACUUUGCAUUUUAAUAGAUGGAGCGAUCGGAUAUCGAAAGUGUUGGCUGCGGAGCGGUCAAAUGCCCAGAAUCGAGUGGAAUGGUCAAUACCAGCGUGGCGUGCUUUUACGGCAAUGUACAUCGACGGAGUUGCUGAUUCGGAAAUGGCCAUUCCAAUCUCUUGUACGAGAGAUGGCACAAGACCUCAACAUCGACUUGCGUUUCCAGCCGCCAGCAGUAAUAGCUCUUCAGGAAUCCUCUGCGGCUUAUGUGGUCAGACUUUCCGACUCCACAGAGAGGGAUUUGCCUUCAACGACAACGAUUUCAACACCCGAUGAGGAGGAAGAGGAGGAAGAGGAGGAAGAAAAGAAGGAAGAGGAGGAAAAGACGGAAGAAGAGGAAGAGGAGGAAAAAUCGACCAGCGAACUUUCCACAAAACCCCAGGAGUUCGCUGCUUCGAUGGACGAGUCUACCACAGAGAAGGAUGUCCAGACUUCCCCGUUCUCCGACUCCUCUGAGAUGGAUUGCCCAGCAACAACAACAACAACAGCAACGGUUACAACACCUAAUGAGGAGGAAGAGGAAGAAAAUCGGCGAUCGAACCUUCUACUGAACCCCAGGAGUUCGUUUCGGCGAAUAGACCAACCACAGAGUUCGCUACAUCGAUCGACGGGCAGGCCUACAACAGAGGAGGAUUUCGCGGCAACAACGAACAUACCCACCGUAGAUGAACCGUUGCCUACGAGAUCACCGAAGAAGGAGUGUUCUUCCGUUCGGUCGAUGAGUAAAGAAACGGAUAUGGUAGCGGAAAAUGUGGCAGCCUUAGAUAGGAAUGGUCAUUUCUCCUUUUCCGUACCCUUCCUUGUGCUGGAACUUCUAAAUGAAGCUUUUCGUUUUUGA